AUGCACGGCAGGAUCAUCUUCUACGAGGACAAGAACUUCCAGGGUCGCUCCUAUGAGACCAACAGCGACUGCGCCGACAUGGCCUCCCACCUGACCAGGUGCCACUCCUGCAAGGUGGAGAGCGGCUGCUUCAUGGUGUACGACCGCCCCAACUACACGGGUCAGCAGUACUUCCUGAGGAGGGGCGAGUACUCCGACUACCAGCGCAUGAUGGGUUUCGGUGACUGCAUCAGGUCCUGUCGCAACGUCCCCACGCACAAAGGGUCCUACAAAGUGAGACUCUACGAGAGGGAGAACUUCGGCGGUCAGAUGAACGAGAUGAUGGAGGACUGCGACAACAUCCAGGACCGCACCCGCAUGUCCGACUGCCAGUCCUGCCACGUGAUGGACGGCCACUGGCUGAUGUACGAGCAGCCCCAGUUCAGAGGCAAGAUGAUGUACCUGAGGCCCGGAGAGCACAAGAGUUUCAGGGAGAUGGGCUACGACGGAAUGAGAUUCAGCUCCAUCAGACGCAUCACUGACUCCUGCUAA